AUGACUGACUUAGUCGACUCUAGUGACGCCGUGUUUCGUUACCAUCUGCGCAUUUCGAGAUUCUACUUCCGAGGCGAAGGAAUGACGAACAUCGUCAUUGGUUUCGAGAAGAACGGGGCUUACUUCGUGUGGCGUUUUGCAAAGGAAAUGUUCGAAAAGGCCGUCUUUACCGCGGAGGACGUCUAUUUCUACAUCUCAUCGAUUAUCUCGCCGUUGUUUCACGGCCACGUGGUCGUUGUGCCGACGAUCGUGCGUUUGAAGCUGUCGACCGUGGUCAAGAUUUUCGAGCAUUGUUCGGUAAGGGCAAAGCGAUGCCCAGUCGUGUUCCCUGCUGCCAGCCUGUCCAAAACGGUGUAUGUGCUUGAAAUGCCUGACCUGUGUUUCGCCCCACUUCCAAUUAGGUACCAGCCUGAACUGUGUCUCGUCGUUGAAAUCAAACCAAAGGCAGCCAUUUUUCAUCCAGACCUCGCAGCCCUCAGUCCAUACUGCAUGAACUGUCUGCUACAAUUGGUAAAAUGUUUUGAUAAACGUUUUUUGACCAUGUAUGAAUACUGUCCUUUGGACCUGUUUUCUGGCGAUAUCAUUAGGAUGCAACACUCCCUGAUGUGUCUGCUUAAAUGUCCCCAUAAUAACAUGAAGAUCUUUAAAAAUGGUCUUUUGAUCCACGCCAACGAUCGCCUGCUGCCUGAAGCUGACUGGUGCUCUGCCCUUUCUCACGGUUGUCAUGUGAUUAGUGGGGAUCAGCUGUGCUUACUGGUCGCUGAGAUUUUGACCGAUCGCCGAAAUGGUGUUUCAUUAGGAGAGUCAGAAGAAUCUGCCACCACUAGUCUUCUCGAACAUAUACAGGAAUUACAGAGUCGAGAUUUGAUUGGCCCUUUGAAGAUAAUCGAUUGGCUUCAGAAACUUCCUCCGGAAAUGUUAACGUUGCAAAACAAGGACUUUUGGUGUUCCAGUUUCGAGGAAGAUUGUACCCAAUUGCGCCAAGCGUAUAUCUCGGCGUCUCUGAGGGACUGUUCCCUAAUGGUCAUCAUUCAUUCGUUGAACAUGUCGGCUGAAACCAAAGGCGGGCGAGGCCGGUACUCAUUACCAUGCGGGUGCCCUAUCGAUGCCCAGGUGCGCAUGAUAGACGUGGAUAUCAAACGUCCAGCAAAAAUCUUAAGUUCAGCAGAACGCUUGAAACGUGCGGUACAGUUACUGAACUCUGGAAAGCUUCUGAGAGGUCGUCGACCGUGUCUCCAAGAAAGCUUCCGAAAUGAUUCUGUUUUUGAUAAAGCCAUUGUGAUGAGUACACCUGUGAGCUGA